UGAAUCAAUGACUCAGCUGGGUCAGGCCAUCGAUCGAUCACGUUAAUCAUCCAUUGCCCUCUCCUCUCUCUCCUUACAUUUUCCGACUGAAUCUCCUGCCAUAUCCUCUCGAUUAUCCAAUCAGAUUAACCCAGAGGUUUUCGAUCCGAUUCGGUUGUUGUCAAGUUAUUUCAGUUCAGAUCCUUUGUUUAGCAGAAUAAGGUAGAUAAUGGCUGUGACACAUCUCCAUGGCACUCUUCAUGUGACGAUUUAUGAAGUUGAUAAGCUCCGUAUCAGUAAUGGUGGCGGCAAUAUAUUCUCGAAGCUCGUGUCUAACAUAGAGGAGACUGUUGGCUUUGGGAAAGGAACUGCCAAAAUGUAUGCAACAAUCGACCUAGAAAAAUGCAGAGUCGGACGGACUAGGAUGAUUGAGAAUGACCCUGAAAACCCAAAGUGGUAUGAGUCUUUCCACAUCUAUUGUGCUCACCCAGCUACUAAUGUCAUAUUCACUGUUAAGGAUGAUAAUCCCAUUGGUGCAACUUUAAUUGGAAGAGCUUAUAUCCCUGUUGAAGAACUCUUAGAUGGGGAAGAAAUGGAUAGAUGGGUCGAGAUCUUGGAUGAAGACCGAAAUCCCAUAGAUGCUGGUUCUAAAAUCCAUGUGAAGCUACAGUAUUUUGAUGUUACUCAAGAUCGUAACUGGAAUCACGGGAUCAAAAGUGGCAAAUAUCCUGGAGUUCCUUACACAUUCUUCACUCAGAGACAAGGAUGUCGGGUGUCCUUGUAUCAAGAUGCUCAUGUACCCGACAAUUUCAUCCCUCAAAUACCCCUUGCUGGUGGCAAAUUCUAUGAGCCACAUAGAUGCUGGGAAGAUAUAUUUGAUGCCAUCACUAAUGCAAAGCACUUCAUCUAUAUUACUGGAUGGUCUGUUUACACUCAGAUAAGUUUGAUAAGAGAUUCAAGGAGGCAAAAGGCUGGAGGAGAUGUUAUGCUUGGCGAACUUCUAAAAAACAAAGCAAGUGAAGGUGUUAGGGUUCUUAUGCUUAUUUGGGAUGACAGAACCUCUGUAGAUGUAAUUAAGAAGGAUGGAUUAAUGGCUACCCAUGACGAAGAUACCGAAAACUACUUCAAUGGUACCGAUGUUCAUUGUGUUUUAUGCCCCCGAAACCCUGAUGAUGGUGGAAGUUUCAUUCAGGACCUUCAAAUCUCCACCAUGUUCACUCAUCACCAGAAAAUUGUGGUGGUGGACGCCGAGAUGCCCAGUGGGGAAUCGCAGAGCAGGAGGGUGGUGAGUUUUGUUGGCGGUAUUGAUCUAUGCGACGGGAGAUAUGAUUCCCCCUUCCAUUCCCUUUUCAGAACAUUAGACACCGCUCACCAUGACGAUUUCCACCAGCCCAACUAUACUGGAGCUUCCAUAACCAAAGGUGGGCCCAGGGAGCCAUGGCACGACAUACACAGCCGACUUGAAGGACCGGUUGCUUGGGAUGUUCUGUUCAAUUUCGAACAACGGUGGAGAAAGCAAGGUGGGAAAGAUCUUUUGGUUAACUUAAGGGAACUUGAUGGCAUCCUAACCUCCCCUUCUCCAGUCAUGUUCCCUGAUGACCAAGAGACAUGGAACGUUCAGGUGUUCCGGUCCAUUGAUGGUGGGGCCGCUUUUGGGUUUCCCGACACACCAGAAGAGGCGGCAAAAUCAGGUCUUGUUAGCGGAAAGGAUAACAUAAUUGACCGAAGUAUCCAGGAUGCUUAUAUCCAUGCUAUAAGGAGAGCAAAACGUUUCAUCUAUAUCGAAAACCAGUAUUUCCUUGGAAGCUCUUACGCCUGGGAAUUCGAUGAUAUUAAGGGUGAGGAUGUUGGUGCUUUGCACGUCAUCCCGAAGGAACUUUCUUUAAAGAUUGUUAGCAAGAUUGAGGCUGGGGAGAAGUUUACUGUUUAUGUUGUGGUACCCAUGUGGCCGGAAGGGAUUCCGGAGAGUGCUUCCGUUCAAGCGAUAUUAGACUGGCAAAGGAGGACGAUGGAGAUGAUGUACAAAGAUAUUGUUGGGGCUCUUCAAGCUAAAGGCCUUGAGGACGAUCCGAGAGAUUACCUCACCUUUUUCUGUCUUGGAAACCGUGAGAUGAAGAAGGACGGGGAAUAUGAACCUUCGGAAACACCCGAGCCUGAUUCGGAUUAUAUGAAAGCCCAGGAGGCCCGACGCUUCAUGAUCUACGUGCAUGCGAAAAUGAUGAUAGUCGAUGAUGAAUACAUAAUAAUCGGAUCCGCCAACAUCAACCAGCGAUCCAUGGACGGCGCUAGAGAUUCCGAGAUAGCCAUGGGAGCCUACCAACCGUAUCAUCUAGCCACCAGGGGUGCACCAGCAAGGGGUCAGGUCCACGGCUUCCGUAUGGCUUUAUGGUACGAACACCUUGGCAUGCUCGACGACAGCUUCCAAAACCCGGAAAACAUAGAAUGCGUGAAGAAGGUUAAUCAGAUCGCCGACAGAUACUGGGAUCUGUUUGCCAGUGAGAAUCUCGAACAAGAUCUCCCCGGCCACCUGCUUCGCUACCCAAUCGGGGUUGCUAGCGAAGGGACCGUUACCGAACUUCCGGGAUCGGAGUUUUUCCCGGAUACGAAGGCACGUGUUCUCGGUGCCAAAUCCGAUUACCUUCCUCCUAUCCUUACUGCGUAAGAAGAGAUCGAUCUGUCGGUUUACGGUUGGUAAAUGGUAUAAUAAGAUGUGUUUUUAUGUUUCGCAUAGUUAUAAUUAUAAUUAUAAUAAACAUAUGUUGGGAACUUUUGUGCUGAGAUGUUGGCUUAUAGCAUAUUUCCCAAAGGUUUGUAUUUUCUUUUACCCUUUUCCCAGUGGGGGCAGGCAACUAUCGAUGCAAUUUUUAAGAUUUGUGUAAUUCAUCUGAUGUAUCUUUAUGCAACUACUUGUUCUGUUUUGUUU